AUGAGUUCGUAUCAUGACCUUGCAGAAGAUGACUAUGAGAAUUAUGAAGAAACGGGUGCAUCUGAAUGGUUAAGUCAGCGCUUUCGCGCAAACUCUCAUUAUCAAGCUACCGACAAUGUUCCCAGGUCGAAAAAUCCUGAUGCAGUGUGGACGCUUCCUGUAGAAAUUGACAUUCUCAAAAUUAUUCAAGAAAACAAAUUGAAACAAAUUGAGGAAACUACUCAAACACAUCUGUCUUAUAAUAAAUACGAAUCGCAAAUUGAACUGUGGGGACCGCGUUCGGGUAUAACUCAAGCUAUCAAACAAUUGCAGUCUAUUUCUGAUAAUAUUUCCGAAAAAAAUUCAAAGAAGAAGAAAAAAAAAGAAGUGUGGGCCAAGCCAGUUAAGGCAUUGACCAAGAGGCAAAAAGAAUUAAGGGAACGAAGAGAAAAAAAGGAAAAGGAGGAAAGAGAUUAUCGAGGUUUACCUGGUCGUCCUUUAGAGUACUCUGCUCAUUUUUACCUACACGACUCAGAGAUAAGUGUCAAUGUGUUCCUCGGUGACAAAGAGGUGGUUCUCCACCCUAUUCGUAGCGAAUGCAAAAGUUAUAUUUGGUAUGAUCCCGGUCAACACUGUUUUUCGGCAUCUAGCGAUAAUCCUGAAUCCGUUGAGAAAGCUAUCCUGCGGGCCAGGAAUCUAUACCUGAAAGUGAUUGCGUCUCGAAGGAUUCCGAUUGAUGAUAAGUGGGAUAAGGGCAAAACCCGAGGAUGGGUCUUUCAUCUAAUUGAACCACCCAAGAAGUCCUAUAAAGUUAAGCUUUCCAAAUUAUCGGGUGAUUUUGUGCCUCCUCAUAAUUUGGUAGAAGAAGAUUUUCGGGUUUUUGAGCCCAUUCUCGACGGAGAUGUCAUGGCCAUUGGGGAUGAAGUCAGAAAAUCAAAAUCAAGAACGAAUUUCGAAGCAUUGGAAAAGCAAAUAAUGGGUGCUCUUGAUAAUGCAUUGGGUACAGUUCAUCUAUUUGAUGAAGAGAUUAAAAUGCGUAUUAGGUUUGGUAAAAUAUGUCUCACGAAUUUUCCAAAAGUAAGUGACUGGUCGAUUGACCAGUUUAACAAAAAAAUUCUGGCUGAUGCACGUAUAAAAUCUAGAUUCGCGACAUGCCUUGCUACUGAUAUCACUAAACUCAAUCCGGUUAUGGAAGCACUCUUGGAUAAAGAUAAAAAAUGUAUUGUUGAUAAACCUUCUCGAGAAUUUAGGAUUUUUGCGUCCCGUUCGCAAAAAUCUGAAGAGAAUAAUUGGGAAUGCACAUUCGAUGUGGAAUUCAACAGCGAAAAUAAUGUUACUACAAGGGAUGUGAAAAAUGACGACAGCAUGAAGUCUGGUAACAACAAUAAAAUUGGAUUAUGGAAUGCAAAUACAGAUAGGAGGAACGUGACGGAGGUUAACAUGGUGAACCUUGACUAUAAUCAUUGUUGGCAACUUUCUAUUCAAACAAGAAAACGCCUUUCUAAUGAUAAGUUUUCGCCCCAAGGCAUAUUUGUCCAUAAGCUACGAUUGGGUCCCGAUGACAACUUAAUUUAUACAAACACCGAUGAUGUCCUGGUUACAGCUGUUUGCGAAAAACUGAAGUAUAAGUACUGGUGGAAAGAAAAGUAUAUUGUUGAGAUCACAAGAUAUAAGUAUUGGAAUUGCUCGGAAUUUAAUCAAAGAGGAAGUGAAAAUGUUAUUACCAAUGCUCAAGAUAACAAUAUAACAUGGGGGGUUACCAUAUAUAAAAAGUUUUGGGAGGAUGAAUUUGCCGAAAAUUGUAAUUUGAAAGUUGGCGAAGUACCCAGUUGGUAUCCUAAGAAGAUCAUAGAUGACUUCGGUGGAGUUGAAGGUUUGUUAAAGGAUGUCGAUGAAUUUUUGGAAACUAUCUUGUGUCGUAAAAUGAAUGAUUGA